CAAAAACUUUCGUUUUUCGUCGAUGUGUGCGAAGAAAUGAGUGUUUUCUACAGAUUUCGUAGUUUUAUAAUUAGAAAAAGUAUAUUUCAUACUAAUAAUAGUACUAUUAAAAUCUAAACUUGAUCUUGGUAACAUUGUUUAUUAAAUAAUAGUAAAUAAAGACAUUACAGGGGUAUAUUCACGAAUAUGUUAUUGUGCUCUAAGUUUCAUAAUGGCGGCCCGUCGCGUCCCCCGCGCCUCCAUUUCGAUGACAGUCAAAUUAUCGCAAUGCCGAUGGUUAAAGUGUAAUAAAUAUUUUGUUGUUGUAAAUAGUUUAGUGAAAGUUGUUAACCUAUAAAAUUGUGAGGACUAACAAUGAAUCCAGAACACCAUAAUAUCAAUACGGGUGGUGGCCAGCCUCCUGGAAGUUCCGAGCCACAAACUCAACGAGUGCAGAAUGCGCAGCAGCAACAGUCUAGCAAUAUGCCCGCCACCACUUCAGCUACAGAUCUGCGAGUCAAUUCGGCCGCCGUAAACGUUGCUUUGUCUAGCGUUGCCAAAUAUUGGGUGUUUACAAAUUUAUUCCCGAGCCCGAUCCCACAAGUUUCCGUUUAUGGACUACCAACUGGGACGAGAAUAGAAAAUGGAAAACCUGUGCAGGAUUUGGGACAAGCACAUGCCAGUAUAUUAAAUGGAGACCCUAACAUCAUACUGGGGCAUCAUGGUGGCCAACCACAAGUCACUGUUUCAGCUGGAGCGCAACAAAUUCCAGUGUCUCAGAUUAUUGCUACACAAUCAGGACAAGCACAUGAAGCACUGGUGGCUCAUAAUCAACAGCAAGAGUUGGCACAACAGGCAUCGAGCACCGGAGCACAGGUCACUGUUACCCCAGGCCAGGCCAGUCAUCAGCAGGUACCCAAUAAUCGGGUCGAGUUUGUACACCAUAACAUUGAUAUGGGGCAUCAUUCACAGCAACACUUGAUGCAACAACAACUGAUGGCUAGUACUCGCCCAGAACACACAAAUCAACAGAUACAAUUAACUGUCAGCGAAGAUGGUAUUGUAACUGUGGUGGAACCAGGUGGAGGUAAACUCGUGGACAAGGAAGAGCUGCAUGAAGCUAUCAAAAUGCCCACCGAUCAUACACUCACAGUACACCAACUGCAACAGAUAGUAGGGCAACAGGUAUUGGAUAGUGUGGUUCGCAUAGAGCAAGCAACCGGCGAGCCGGCAAACAUUCUAGUGACACAUAACCCUGAUGGAACCACUUCUAUAGAAGCUAGCGCAGCAGACUCGUUAGCUAUAGUUAAAGAUGAAAAAAAUGGCAGCAAGAUGGAGACAGCUCAGUUUGCAAUACCUGCAGAUAUAAAGGACAUUAAGGGUAUUGAUUUGAAAAGUGUUGGUGCAAUGGGAAUGGAGGGGGCAGUAGUAAAGAUCUCAGCAGGUUCAUCAGAACAUGAUCUCCAUGCUAUGUACAAAGUAAAUGUUGAAGAUCUUUCACAAUUGCUUGCAUAUCACGAAGUAUUUGGUAAACUUAAUGCUGAAGGACAACCACAGGCAAAGGUAAUAAAUGAAGUGGAAGUAGAGCCAGGUACCAGUGGUGCCAUGGCGGAAACAGAGUCUUCCCCAGGCCACCACUCAUGUGAUAUUUGCGGAAAAUCGUUCCAGUUUCGCUACCAAUUAAUUGUUCAUAGGCGAUAUCAUGGUGAAAGCAAACCGUAUACGUGUCAAGUUUGCGGAUCUGCGUUUGCUAAUCCCGUCGAACUCUCAAGACACGGAAAAUGUCAUCUUGCUGGAGAUCCAGCCGAGAGACAUGCAAAGAGAUCAACUCAAGAUAAACCUUAUGCAUGCACUACUUGCCACAAAACGUUUUCUCGAAAAGAACACCUUGAUAACCAUGUUCGCAGCCAUACUGGAGAAACUCCAUACAGAUGUGAAUAUUGCUCCAAAACAUUCACGCGUAAGGAACAUAUGGUGAACCACGUGCGAAAGCAUACAGGCGAAACACCACAUCGCUGCGAGAUUUGCAAGAAGAGCUUCACUCGGAAGGAGCACUUCAUGAACCAUGUUAUGUGGCACACAGGUGAAACGCCGCAUCAUUGUCAAAUUUGCGACAAGAAGUUUACUAGGAACGAGCAUUUAGUGAACCAUAUGAGAUCGCACACAAACGAUACUCCUUUCCGAUGCGAACUGUGUGGCAAGUCUUUUACAAGAAAAGAACACUUCACCAAUCACAUUAUGUGGCACACGGGCGAAACACCCCAUCGAUGCGACUUUUGCUCUAAAACGUUCACGCGUAAGGAGCAUCUGUUGAAUCAUGUCCGGCAACACACGGGUGAAUCGCCACAUCGCUGCAACUUCUGCUCCAAAUCAUUUACACGUCGUGAACAUCUAGUGAACCAUGUCCGACAACAUACGGGGGAGACGCCAUUCCAGUGCGGCUACUGCCCUAAAGCGUUUACCAGGAAAGACCACCUAGUGAACCAUGUCCGCCAGCACACGGGCGAAUCGCCACAUAAAUGUUCAUUCUGCACCAAGUCGUUCACUAGGAAGGAGCAUUUAACAAAUCAUGUACGCCAACAUACAGGAGAAUCGCCCCAUCGCUGUUCCUAUUGUGCUAAAUCGUUUACCAGGAAAGAACAUCUUACGAACCAUAUCAGACAGCAUACGGGCGAAACGCCACACAAGUGCACGUACUGCCCGCGCGCGUUCUCCCGCAAGGAACACCUCAACAACCACAUUCGCCAGCACACCGGCGACAUGCCGCACUCUUGCACCUACUGCAGCAAGAGUUUCACGAGAAAAGAACAUCUCGUUAAUCAUAUCAGACAACAUACUGGAGAGACACCGUUCAAGUGCACAUAUUGCACGAAGUCUUUCUCACGGAAGGAGCACCUGACAAACCAUGUGCACCUCCACACGGGCGAAACACCACACAAGUGUCCGUUCUGUACUAAAACAUUCUCACGGAAGGAGCAUUUGACCAACCAUGUCAGAAUUCACACGGGCGAGUCGCCACAUCGGUGCGAGUUUUGCCAGAAAACGUUCACACGAAAGGAACAUCUCACCAAUCAUUUGAAGCAGCACACUGGGGACACACCCCACGCCUGCAAAAUUUGUUCCAAGCCAUUCACGAGAAAGGAACAUCUUGUUACUCAUAUGAGAUCGCACAGCUGCGGUGAGCGCCCAUUCAGCUGUAACGAAUGCGGUAAAUCAUUCCCGUUGAAAGGUAAUCUACUUUUCCACGAGCGGUCCCACAAUAAGGGUAACGGCGGCGCGAGGCCAUUCAGAUGCGGGAUCUGUUCGAAGGAUUUCCUUUGUAAAGGACACCUGGUGUCUCAUCGGCGGACACACACGGAAACUGCCGGCGGCACAGCGGCAGCAGAGUGCGGCUGCGAAACGACGCCAGACGGCGAGUGCACCAAGUGCGACAAGGGAGAUGUUGAUCGGCCAGAAAGGAAGCAUGACAUCAGUCGAGUAGCAACAGAAAACAGACCCACGGAAAGCAAUAUUACACAAAACCCCCAAAAUAGCACAACUGUGAUGCAAAUAACAAGCCAACAAGUCCGCGCUGGCGUACCAACAAGCGGUGCUGAUGUGGCAGGCGUAGCAAGUGUCGCGAGCGUGACGAGUGUGGCGAAUGUGGCAGCGGCCGGAACAUUUGCACAUCCAGCGGCCACCGCACAUCACUCCGGCGCCCCCAUACACCACCCCGUCACUGUUAAUUACUAGCACCACGCCCCACCACCCGUACCACAAGUAUGCCACCAACUAUUGUGAACCGCGACGAUCGAGUGUACAGGCGAACAAAAUAACAAUACAGGGUUAGUUGUAAAUGGUAUACCGAGUCACGAGCCGCAUAAGAAUACUCAUAAAGCUGAAUAUUAAACAAGAAACGAAGUGGAAAUCUGAUUAUAAAUAUUGCACUUUUAUACUAAAUUACAUACGUAAAACGGGAAAUUUUGUACAGCGGUUUUAAAAUUGUAUUUAAUUUUGCACAUUACUUUCGACUUGGUGUACUUUUUAGUUACUAACACUGUAAAGAAAUAUAACCUUCUGCCAGAUUGUGGUGUGGAAUAACUUCAAUCUGAAAUAUUGUAUAAGUGACAAUAUAUGGCUAAUUGUUUUGUUUCAGUACUGAACUGACAUGCCAUAAUGCAUGCUGGAAAAUCAUACAUAUUUUUUUAAAAGAGUUUAUAACAAUAUCUUUUAAUUUUAUUCUUCUUUAAUAUUUUGAUUGCAUUGUACAACGAUCGACUUGAGUAUAACUUAUUGUGAUUUACGUAUAUCAUUCAUUUUAUGAAAUUUAAGUAAUCUAUUAUAUAGUUGCGUAUUUUUCGUUUUAGUAGACAGGUAAUCUACUUUUGAAGAAUUUUAUUUACUAGCGUCUGCGGUAAGCCGUUAGUGUAAAGCCGCAUUGUGUGUGUGUAAUGUAACUCGAAUAUAAUAUUAUAUAUGGAUACCAUUACAAGUAUCGCAAACUUUACUUGGGAUUCCGAUUCUACGUAAAUAUAGAGGCACUUGCAAUACGGGUUGUUACAUUUGUGUAGGGUUACCAUCUUUUUGGGUUACCCCGGAGUUGUUCUAGUUUAGAGGGCUUUCAGAUAGCGGGGUUACUCAGGGUUACAUUAUAGUCACAGUUUACAUCCGUCUGUUCACGCUUGUAUCUAUUUUACAAUAUCUAAAUCUAUGCGGUAGUUUAUAGCGGGACUGCUCUGGGAUGCAAUCAUGUAAUUUAUUUGUAAAUAUAUAUACACUUAAUUGUUAAGCUUAAUUCGAAUACGAACUUUGCGAAAUGUUUAUAAUGACAUAAUAUUUUUUUAUACCCUAGCAGUACAAAAAGUUCUUGUUCGUGAUAUGAAUCGUUGCUACUGUUGAUUCAUUUCUUAAUUGUAAUACUUAUAAACUUAAGAGUUUCAAUUCUUCCUCAUUUUGUCUCUGAACUGCUUUUAUGUAAUAAAUAGUUUAAUGUAAAUAAAAAUGAUAAAUAGUAUGUAUAAAGAUGGUUGUUGCUUUUGUGAUUUACUUCAUAUUUAUAAAUAUAAAUAUGUAGAGCAUGAGACAUAGACAGUUAAUGGUGUUUGAAUCGAUUUAAUUUACCAAUCAAUAAGCAAUAUCCAUAUUUCAUUAGUUUUACUGUUAAUAUCAAUUUACGCAUUCAUAUCUGUAGCGGUUACCAGAAUAACACUUACGUUUUCAUUAUGUAAAUACAAACAGUGGUUUUAGAUAUUAUUUUAGAUAUUUAUACAAUUUUAUUUAAAUUAUAUACUUUUAACGCCUCAAACAUAAAUUCAUGUAUUUAAAACAUUCCUGUGCAAAGUAACCGAGAAAAUAAUUGAAAGCUAAUACAAAAUCUUCAUGAAUUAUAUUUUCAUGUAGGGAAUAUUUUGUUCAUAUUAUAAAUUGCGAUGGAGCUAUAUAAUUAUUUGUGGUGAAAGUUCCUUCUGAUUUUUGUUUUGAUAUCGAAAAUACAGAAGUAUUUCAACAUAUUUUAUGCGAUAUUAAAU